CAAUGAAAACAAUGUUGAAUUGUAGUGAACGAGGACGUCCGUGAAGGGAGGAGGGAAACGGAGUCAAAGGAAGAAGAGGAAGAGAUCAGACCAUGAAUUCAGUCUGGCUUGUCCCAUUUGUAUUUCUUUUGCUCCUUGAGGAAUGUGUUGGAAGGCCUUUUUAUCCACUUCCAAGCAAAGUAGCUGAAAGUAAUAAACAGCCCCUGCAGACGUUUCGCCCAUAUAAUAUUGCACAUCGAGGAUCGAAUGGAGAGUUUCCUGAAGAAACUGCACCAGCAUACAUGAGAGCUAUUGAAGAAGGUGCUGAUUUCAUAGAAACAGACAUUCUUGCCUCUAAAGAUGGUGUCCUCAUAUGCUUUCAUGAUGUCACCCUUGAUGAUACAACUGAUGUUGCAGAACGUAAGGAGUUCGCAAAUCGUAAGAAGACUUAUGAAGUCCAAGGGGAGAACAUUACUGGCUGGUUCAGUGUUGAUUUCACACUACAAGAGUUGAAGUCAUUAGGAGUGAAGCAGCGGUACAAGUUCCGGGAUCAACAAUACAAUGGGAAGUUCUCAAUUAUUACAUUUGAAGAGUACAUUUCUAUUGCACUAGAUGCACCCAGAGUUGUAGGGAUCUAUCCAGAGAUCAAAAAUCCAGUAUUUAUCAAUCAGCACGUCAAAUGGGCAGAUGGGAAGAAAUUUGAAGACAAGUUUGUGGAUACACUUAAGAAGUAUGGAUACAGAGGUUCAUAUAUGUCAAAAGAUUGGCUGAAUCAACCAGCAUUUAUCCAGUCAUUUGCUCCAACGUCACUCAUUUACAUUUCAAACCUGACAGACUUGCCAAAAAUCUUCCUAAUUGAUGAUGUGACUGUGCCAACACAAGACACAAAUCAGUCAUAUUGGGAGAUUACUUCAGAUAGUUACUUUGAAUUCAUAAAGGAGUAUGUGGUUGGAAUUGGACCCUGGAAGGAUACAGUUGUCCCUACAGAAAAUAAUUAUUUGUUAACACCUACUGAUCUUGUAGCUAAAGCACAUGCGCAUGACCUACAGGUGCACCCAUACACGUACAGGAAUGAGAACAUGUUCUUACAUUUCAACUUUCAUCAAGACCCAUAUGCAGAGUAUGAUUACUGGAUAAAUACCAUUGGAGUCGAUGGACUCUUCACAGACUUCACAGGGAGCCUACAUAAUUUUCAGGAAUGGGCCUCUCCUUCUCCCAAUGACGGCAAUGCAACCAAGUUAUUACAUAAGAUUGCAUUGAUGAUCUCCACCUAUAGAAAAGUUUGAACAAAUAUCUGUCUCCUGAUUGUAAGUUCCAUGCUAGUUAUGUUCCACAUUAAGUUGCUAGUCUGUUUAUAGGAUAGCUUCAUUUUCUCUUUUUCCAUUGCUGGUAGAAAUUUGUUAUUCAAUGUUCAGAAAGCAGUCUGUAAAGUUACUUGCAGCUUGAAAAGCAACUACUAUUUCAGUAUCUGACAUUCUGUUUCCUUGAAAUAAUGCAAUUUCAAACAUAAUUCCUUCUA